GCACACAAUUUCACCCAAGCAUGAUUCGCGCGAUCAAAGAACAGCGUCUAGAAGCGCACCGCUUACACAAAGAAUCCACAUCCGCUGGAGAACUAGCACAGCUUACAGGCGCACCCACACGCGUACACGCCUACGCGAGAACGCCUGGGGACGCACAGAGCGACUUCGAGAAAAAGGAAUCAACCCCGCAGUUCAGCUGAGCGUUUCGAUGACUCCGGACGACAAGUGCUUUUGCGCGAAAAGAAGCAGUGUUGAAAGAAAAAAGGGGUUUGUGUUUGUUGUGUGGGGUUUUGGGUGUCCCAUUCGCUUGUUGAUUGCAAUCACCAUCGUGUGAUAUUCGAUAUAAAUCGUUAGUGAGAAGCUUCAUCGGAGAAAGCACAACCGUUUUGUUUUGAUUGGUGUUGGGGAGUGCAAAUUACACAUCGGACAGCAUAAGCUACAGGAAUCACGCUUGAAUGAUCGAAAGUGUUUACGGGUCGGGUCAACGCGCUGCUGACGGAUCCAGAUGACGCAGUUCGAGAAACUACGCCUGUUUCUAGCGGGUUUCCUUGUUUGCUCGACAAAUCUAGCGGUAAAUGCGUACCGAAUCGGCGUGGGGCGAGCGGACUGCACCGGUCCACCUGUUGAGAUAGGCUUCGUAAGUGUGCUUGCACUAGAAAUGGGCUACGCGGAAUUCUCUCAGCGAGGUCACGGCAUCCACUUGCGGCAGUACUCCAGGGCUUUUAUCUUCGAGGAUGACCUCGGCGAAAGGAUCGUUUUCGUUAGUGCCGAUGCGGGAAUGAUGGGUCAUGCCGUGAAGCGUGACGUGGUGGAUUUGCUGCAACGGAAAUAUGGAGACAUGUAUCGAUUUGAGAAUGUGGUGCUCAGUGGGACCCACAGCCACAGUGUGCCUUCGGGAUUUCUGAUGUCGUUCCUGUACGACAUCGCAUCGUUGGGUUUCGUACCGCAGAAUUUUAACGCCCUGGUGGAAGGAAUCACACUGAGUAUUGUGAGAGCUCACGAAAGUGUGCGAGAUGGGAGCGUAUAUGUGGACGAAACAGUGGUAAAGGAUGCCAACAUCAAUCGGAGCCCUCGCGCCUACGAGAAUAAUCCAAAAGAGGAACGGGCGAACUACGUGGACAACACCGACAAGAAGUUGGUCCAACUAAAGCUAGUUGACACCAGCGGACGAAUCAUAGGAGCGAUCAACUGGUUUGCUGUUCAUCCCACGUCGAUGAACAAAACGAACCGCUAUCUAUCCAGUGACAAUGUUGGGUACGCCUCGUUACUGCUGGAGCAGGAAAUGAAUCCGGGCAGUCUGCCGGGACAAGGAGAGUUUGUGGGAGCCUUGGCCGCAUCCAAUUUGGGGGACGUUUCCCCCAAUGUAAUGGGACCGAGGUGCGAGAAAACCGGACUGCCAUGUGAUUCGCUUACAUCAUCCUGUCCGGAUGGCACUGGAGCGUGCAUUGCCUAUGGUCCUGGACAGGACAUGUUCGAGAGCACAAAAAUUAUUGCAAAAAGGAUCUACACUGCCGCAUCGAAACUGCUCAACUCCAACGAGGGCCGCCCCCUUCGCGGCCCGAUAGCCUACGCACAUCAGUUCAUCGACAUGAGUCAAGCCUUCGUGCCGUACUACAAUCGUACAACCCACCGGACGGAGCUGGUACGUGGCUGCUCGCCCGCCAUGGGAUAUAGCUUCGCAGCCGGCACAACCGAUGGCCCGGGAGCGUUCGACUUUCGGCAGGCCAUGCUGACGGACACCAUGUUCUGGAACACGGCACGGGAUUUCAUUGCCGUGCCCACCGCCGAGGACAAGGAAUGCCACGCGCCGAAACCCAUCCUGCUGGCCACCGGACGCACAACGUUUUCCUACGAGACGCAGCCGAAAAUUGUUCCAAUCCAGAUAUUGUUGCUCGGAGAGUUUGCAAUUGCGGCAGUCCCGGCGGAAUUCACUACCAUGUCGGGCCGGAGACUGCGGAAGGCCAUCCAGGAAAGCUCGGUUGAGGCGGGAGGUAAGCGGGUGACCGUGGUAAUAGCUGGUCUGUCCAAUAUGUACACCAGCUAUGUGGCCACUCCAGAGGAGUACGCAAUCCAGCGGUACGAAGGGGCUUCCACUCUGUAUGGGCCACAUACACUGACAAUGUAUUUGCAUCACUUCCGCAAGCUGAUGGAAGCGAUCGUGGGAGGGGACUAUGUGCUCAAGGGACCCGAACCACCGUUCGAGGAUUAUAAGCAGAUUACCUUAUCCACCGGUGUACUGUACGAUGGACAUCCCUAUGGGACCCAUUUCGGGGCAGUCUUGGUAGAACCGGAGGAAACAUACGCCAAAGGGGACGUAGUUAGGGCUUCUUUUGUCGCGGGAAACCCACGGAAUAAUUUGAUGCACGAGAAGACUUAUUUUACAGUUGAGAAAAAAACUGAUGAGGACGAGUGGCGGGUUGUGGCGACGGAUGCAAACUGGGAAACCAAGUUCAGAUGGAUCCGAAAGUCGACACUGUUCGCUUACAGCGACGUCGAGUUCGAAUGGGAAACCGGAGAGGACAUCGACGAAGGAAUCUACCGGAUUCAGCAUUUUGGUUAUUGGAGGUCUAUCCUUGGUGGAAUAUAUUCGUACAAUGGAACAACGAGGAAUUUUAGUAUUUUAUAGAAGAUAGUUUAGCGCCAUUACGAAUACUUUUGUAUUGCAUUGUGAUAGAAAUACAGGAACACAAGCUAGUCACAUAG